CAGAAGGCGGAAUAACUCGCAUGUUAACCAAUUUUAACCAAUCGCCGGUAACUGAUGAUGAAGUUAUUGAUCAAGACCCAGAAAUAGACAAUGAAAGAGAAGAGCAAAUAUCAGCAAAUACCUCUUAUAGUUACGUCGAUCCCGAAUUAUGCCAAAGAUGA